GCCCGUGACGUGCCAAGCCCAUAUGGCCUGGCAUAGAGGCUGGUACCCCGCCUGGUAGAGAUGCCACACUCGCUCCGCGGUUCGCAUGGCGCUCUGAAGACGCGGGCGCCCGCCGCCUUGAACCGCCGUCCCCGCUCCCUGAAGAUGGGGGAACAAUGAAAUAAGCGAGAAGAUUUCUCUUCUCCCCCCUCUCUCUCUUGCCCCCUCCCCCCUCCCCUCCCCUCUCCCCUCGACUCCUCUCCGAGGCACCAUGCUGACCCGCCUGUUCAGCGAGCCCGGUCUCCUCUCGGACGUGCCCAAGUUCGCCAGCUGGGGCGACGGCGACGACGACGAGCCGAGGAGCGACAAGGGCGACGCGCCGCCGCGCCGCUUGCCAUUGCCGCCGCCGCCGCCGGGGGCUCCGGGGCCCGCGCGCGCCGCCAAGCCGGUGCCUCUCCGCGCCGACGAGGUGCCGGAGAGCGCGCUGGCCGAGGUCAAGGAGGAAAGCGCUGGCGGCGAGGAGGAGGAGGAAGGAGGGGAAGAGGAGGAAAGGGCUGGACGAGGCGGGAGGGCGAAGCGGCCCAAGAAGCGCGGGCCCAGAAGCGCAAGAUGACCAAAGGCGCGCCUGGAGCGCUCCAAGCUGCGGCGGCAGAAGGCGAACGCGCGGGAGCGCAACCGCAUGCACGACCUGAACGCGGCGCUGGACAACCUGCGCAAGGUGGUGCCCUGCUACUCCCAAGACGCAGAAGCGUCCAAGAUCGAGACGCUGCGCCUGGCCAGAACUACAUUCUGGGCGCUCUCGGAGAUCCUGCGCUCGGGCAAGCGGGCCCCGACCCUGGUGCCUACGUUGCAGACGCUGUGCAAGGGCCUGUCGCAGCCCACCACCAACCUGGUGGCCGGCUGCCUGCAGCUCAACUCGCGCAAUUUCCUCACCGAGCAGGGCGCCGACGGCACGGGCCGCUUCCACGGCUCGGGCGGCUCGUUCGCCAUGCACCCCUACCCCCUACCCGUGCCUCGCGCCUGGCGGGGCGCCCAGUGCCAGGCGGCGGGCGGCCUGGGCUGCGGCGCGGCGCACGCCCUGCGGACCCACGGCUUACUCUGCGCCGCCUACGAGACGCUGUACGCGGCGGCGGGGGGCGGCGGGGCCAGCCCGGACUACAACAGCUCGGAGUACGAGGGCCCGCUCAGCCCGCCGCUGUGCCUCAACGGCAACUUUCUCGCUCAAGCAGGGACUCGUCGGCCCGACCACGAGAAGAGCUACCACUACUCUAUGCACUACUCCGGCUGCCCGGCUCGCCGGCCCGCGGGCCACGGGCUGGUCUUCGGCUCGUCGGCCGUGCGCGGGGGGCGUUGCCACUCGGAGAGAACAUUCUUGUCCUACGACAUGCACCUUCACCACGACCGGGGCCCCAUGUACGAAGAGCUCAACGCGUUUUUCCAUAACUGA